GCGGAUGGGCUCAGACCGAGCGAGGGGGCAGAGGCGCGCGGACCCUGGACGCUCUCGCGCGCUCUCUCUCUGUUAUUUUAUUUCCCAUCGCUGUCAACGCGUGUCGGGACCACCUCUCCCCGCGGUGUGAGGCCAAGUUGUGGCUGCUGGUGUCGUAUCGGUCGGCGCGCGAGCGUCAGGUUUGUUUUGCGAGUUUUUCGCACAGUUCGCUCCGCGAGCGCAACAACUGCGUCGGAGCCCAGUUUGGAUUAAGCGGCGGACGCGCGUUUGUUCCGCGCAACCCACGGCGGACUGGUGUAAAAGUUCUGGAUCGGCAUCCACGCGCACUUCGCCGUGUCUUUUAGGUAUGCCUGUGAGCGCCGGCGCGUCUCCGGACAGGUAACCAGGUGUGCUGCUGCUGCUGCUGCUGUCAUGGCCGCUCCUUCCCUGAGACUCUUCCCUCUCGCUGUGGCUGCAGUCCUGGUGGCGCUGGGAUCAUCUUCAGAAAAUCCGUUGAAUUUUAACCCAGCUCAGUGUCGCUACGCCCUAGGGAUGGAGGAUGGCACCAUCCCAGACUCUGACAUCACCGCAUCCAGCGCCUGGUCGGACUCCACCGAGGCCAAGCACGGGAGGUUAAGUAACGGAGAGGGGGACGGGGCGUGGUGUCCUGCAGGCGCCGUUUUUCCCAGCGGAUCAGAAUAUCUUCAGAUCGACCUGCGUAAACUCCAUUUCCUGGCUCUGGUCGGCACCCAGGGCCGGCACGCUGACGGACACGGCCAGGAGUUCGCCCGCAGCUAUCGGCUCCGCUACUCUCGAGAUGGAGUGAAGUGGAUCACCUGGAAGGACCGGUGGGACCAGGAAGUGGUGUCUGGUAAUGAGAACACCUACGACAUCGUGCUGAAGGACCUGGGCCCCCCCAUCGUGGCUCGCAUGGUGCGCUUCUACCCGCUGGCCGACCGCGUGAUGAGCGUCUGCCUCCGCGUGGAGCUCUACGGAUGCGUGUGGGACGAUGGGCUGAAGGCCUACACGGCACCGGUGGGGCACGUCAUGCAGCUGCCCGGCAUCUCCGUCUACCUAAACGACUCCACGUACGAUGGGAGCACGGAGCAAGGGAUGCAGUUCGGAGGCCUCGGUCAGCUGUGCGACGGCGUCUUAGGAGGAGAUGACUUCAUACAAACCAAGGAGCUGCGGGUGUGGCCCGGGUACGACUACCUGGGCUGGAGCCGGGAAGCCCUUGGGCAAGCCAGCGUGGACAUCGAGUUCCACUUUGAGAAGCCACGCGUCUUCUACAACAUGCAGGUGCACAGCAACAACCGGCACACGCAGGGCGUGCGAGUCUUCAGAGGGGUGGAGUGUGACUUCAAGCCGGGCAUCCUGCUGCCGUGGUCGUCCCCCGGCCUCAGCCUGCUGGUGCCGCUGGAGGACCUCAAGGACCCCUCCUCACGGCCCAUCUCCAUCGAGCUGGACGGAAGAGUGGCUCAGAUCAUUCGCUGCAGUUUCUACUUCGGCGACCGCUGGCUGCUCAUCAGCGAGAUCUCCUUCUUCUCCGUGCCGUUGGAGGAGAAUGUCGCAGCGCCGGAUUCAUUCGCCCCUAAUCCUCCAAAGAACCCCGCCGCCAGCUCCUCUCCUCCUCCUCCUGCUAACCACACCUCCUCCUCCCCUCCCACAUGGAGCCACCGGUCCUCCAGCUCCACCGCCAGCCCUUCUGAGGCCCCCGCCACCUCCACCUCCACCACAGCCGCCUUCAUGACGGACAACGGCACUAGCUGGACGCUGUCAGAACUCGUGACGCUCAAGUCCGGGCUCCCGGUGGCCAAGGACGACAGCAGCAACACGGCGAUCCUGAUCGGCUGCCUGGUGGGCAUCAUCCUGCUGCUGCUGGCCGUGAUCGCCGUCAUCCUGUGGAGACAGUACUGGAAGAAGAUCCUGGGGAAGGCUCAGGGCAGUCUGUCCAGCGACGAGCUGCGGGUCCACCUGUCGGUGCCCUCGGACAACGUGGUCAUCAACAACACGCACAGCUAUUCCAGCCGCUACCAGCGCAUCCACACGUUCCCCGACGAGCGGGAGCGCGAGGGCGAAGGCGAGUACCAGGAGCCCAGCGCUCUGCUGCAGCCCAGGAACCAGAGGGACAGCACCGCCUUGCUGAUAAACAACCCGGCCUAUCACCUGCUCCUGUCAGAUCACAGAAAGGCCUCAAGACCCUUAGUCGUCCCCGCCACCUGUCAGGCUCAGGAAAAGAGCCUUAAUGUGCCCCAGGCGUGCGGUUUGGACGUGGAGAAGGGCGCCCACCCCGUCCAGGAGGAGCCUCCCCCCUACCCCGGCUCCCCUCCCUACCCCUCCCUCUCUCCCCCCGUGUCUCCGCCGCUGCCUCCCAGCGUCCCCCACUACGCUGAGGCCGACAUCGUGAGUUUGCAAGGCGUCAGCGGCAACAACACCUACGCGGUGCCCGCCUUGGCCUCCUCCAGCCCCGGAGCCGACGCCGCGCCGCUGUCGGAGCUGCCGCGCCACUGUCUCAUUUUCAAGGAGAAACUGGGGGAGGGCCAGUUCGGGGAGGUGCACCUGUGUGAAAUCGAGAGCCCUCAGGACCUUCCCAACCUGGAGUUUCCCUUCAACGUGAGAAAAGGUCGACCCCUUCUGGUGGCGGUGAAGAUACUGCGCCCAGAUGCUUCCAAGAACGCCAGAAACGAUUUCCUGAAAGAAGUGAAAAUCUUGUCUCGCUUGAAGGACCCAAACAUCAUCCGGCUCCUGGGAGUGUGUGUGAGCAGCGACCCCCUGUGCAUGGUCACCGAGUACAUGGAAUGUGGAGACUUGAACCAGUAUCUGUCCCAUCGAGUGCUGCUGGACAAGACGGGGCCCUCGCACAACGUCCCCACCAUCAGCUAUCCGGCGCUCAUCUCCAUGGCCAGCCAGAUUGCGUCGGGCAUGAAGUUUCUGUCGUCCCUGAAUUUCGUGCACCGCGACCUGGCCACGCGUAACUGCCUCGUCGGGGGGGAGAAGGGCGAGGGCGGGGAGGAUCAGGGCGGAGAGCGUCACAUCAAGAUAGCCGACUUUGGCAUGAGCAGGAACCUGUACGCCGGCGACUACUACAGGAUCCAGGGCAGAGCUGUGCUGCCGAUCCGCUGGAUGGCCUGGGAGUGCAUACUCAUGGGUAAGUUCACCACGGCCAGCGACGUGUGGGCCUUCGGGGUCACUCUGUGGGAGAUGCUGAGCGUUUGUCAGGAGCAGCCGUACUCCAACCUCACAGACGAACAAGUCAUCGACAACGCCGGGGAGUUCUUCAGAGACCAGGGCCGACAGGUGUUCCUGAGCAAGCCAGCUGUGUGCCCCCAGGGCCUCUAUGAGCUCAUGUUGAGCUGCUGGAACAGAGACUGCAAGCUCCGUCCAUCCUUCGCCGACAUCCACUCCUUCCUCACAGAGGACGCCAUGAACAUGGUGUAGGGAGAGACCCGGAGAAACUUAAACGGAACCACAACGUUGGCGCGUCCUUGCUACAGGGUGGUGGCGGUGGUGGGGGCACAGGAGGAGGGUGGCUCGCUUGCUUUUAUAUUGUGUAGCCUACAUUUCGGUGGAGGGGCCUGAGACGCCGCUGGUUCGGUUUAUUUCCACUUCAGACCCCAAAACUGACCCCAGCUUUAGACGGGCAGCAGUGAUUUAACAGUGGCUGGUGGUGGGUGCAGUCUGCAUAGAAACCUACUCUCUCCUCUCUGAUUAGAUGCAGUAAAUGUUAAAGGGGGGUUAAAGAUAAAUUAAAUACUCGUACAAACUAUGACUGUUAAUAAGCUUGGAAAUAAUCGAUAGCCAGUGUCCAAAACACAUUUUGUCCUAGUAUUACUACAGUAAUUCAGAAGUAAAACCAGCUUAAUAAAAGGUGGUAUGGCCAAAAUUGUAGAAAAUGUGUAAAUACUUUAGACUCAGCCCCAAACUUCAGCAUAAUGGACUCACAUCCACAGCUGUGGGUUAAUGUGAAAUGAUGUGGACCAGACAAUAGCGCCCCCUUUCUGCCCUGUGAUGAAGUCAAGCUCUCCACCACCCACGUCCGCUUCCUCCUGGUUAAAGGUUUCAAACCCUGUCUUCGAGUCACACAGGGAAAAAGACGAUUCUCCCUGGCGUCUGGCGACGCGGCGUCUCGCGCCCGCUCAGGUGCUUUUGUUUUUGCUUUUGACACAGAUACGCAGGACAGAUGUCACAUUUCAGAACCAAAUGCACUUUAAAGCCCCAGCCAUGUUAAACUCUGAGGGACCUGACUCCUGUCCAUGUGGAAUUUAAGGUGGUUUACCCACGUUUAUUUCAUGGAUCACAGGACAUCAUCCAUUUGAAAUCAUCUCUCAGCCAUUGUAAAACCAUCCACCCAUCCCUAUUUCAGCUGGAGCCCAGCAGCCAGUGGUGAGAGGCAGGGUACACCCUGGACACGUCACAGGGCCACUGCCAAACCUUUAGAUGUAAAUGAUUAUUUUGAAAGGAAUGGCAACAAUUCAUCUCACUUUAAAUAUAAAUAAUGCUUCUUGUUCUGAUACUCUGAUGUGUUGAGCCAUGUUUACUCAGAUAAUCUGUCUUCAUUUAUUCAAAUGCAAUACUGUAUUGUUAAAAACACAGGAAACUGAGUUCUGGGUGUAAAUGUCAACCCCUACAUUAUCUCAUGUUAGUACAUUAAGCUGACCAUGGUAGAAAGACUCUACCUUACAAAAUGUAUAGCACUGUAAAUCAGUCAUGAGAUCAAGAUUAUCAAGUAGUAUGUUUACUGAUCACGGUUUUUCCAUUUGAGUCAUUUUUGAUACACUGUAGUUCAACUAAACCCGUAUUUUUAUAUAUACUGUAUGUUCUUUGACAUCACUGAUGUCUGGCUUCAUCUGUCUGAGUCUGAAGUUGAUUUAUAGUAUGUACAUAUUUUAAAGGACAGAAUUGUAAUUUCCUUUUACUAAUAUAUAAGAGCUCUUUUACAUGUGGGGCCCUCUGUAGAACGCUUGCUACCUUGAUGCCACUGUCAUUCAUUGUGUAUAUUUUUGUAGAUGUUUUAAUAAAGUUAAUCUUUUGAAAUAAA